UGAUGUGUGCUAGAAUGUGUGUAUGACAGGGACAGGCAUCGUGAAUCCAGGGCUGGGCAUAUGGCUAUAGCUCCCAAGGAAAUCAGGGCUCACCGUCCACGGUCUGGAACUUGAACGAAGGGGAGCGAGGAGCGAGUCUGUGAGUGGGGGCUGUGUGCGUCAUGUGCUGCAGCGCCUGGCGGCAACACACAUAUUGGCUACACACACAGGUUUCGGGACAGAGAUUUUCUCAGGCAUUCAGCGCUGAAUUGAUCGGCUCUAGUCGCUUAGUAGCUUAUAGUCCAAAAUACUGGCUGAUCUGGACGGAGACGAUUUCGUGUUCUGAUCUGGGUUUUUUUGUUUGUUUUUUACAUUUCUAGUCAUUUCUACUAUUUCUAAAGAAAAAGGGGUGCUAUUUCCUCCCUCCCUCUCCAUCCAUCCAUUCUUCCAUCUUCCCCUCCCCUAAGGGCCGCUGGACGGAUAGCCGAGGAGGCCGUGGAGCGCACUUGUUCACGAAGGAGAGAAAGAGGACGGGCAGGACACAGUUUUUUCCAGCGGGCAGAGGCACUCUGCGGGGCGGGGUUGGUGUUCGACUUUCACGGCUUCUGCACUGCGCUCGACCCGCUUGUGGAGAUCACGAUGACUGGUGGCGAGACACCAGAGCGGUGGCGGAUGCUCCCCACUCCGCUAUGGUGAUGUCGCCCGCGUCCAAAUGUCCCCUCCUCGGAUGAGACCACGUAUGAAUGGACGGCUGUGCAGGUGAUGGAGAGAAUAUGAUCAUUGUGUCGAGGGGGACAUCAUUUAAUUGUUAAGGGAAAUUCGAUUCAGCGCUAAUAUUAGCCUACAUUACAUUACAAACCACGACGGAUUUCAAUUAAAGAUGAUUAUUGAAUGCAAAUAAGAAAAAUCAACAAAUGUCAAAUUUAUCCUUUUCGUGUAUAAGGAUGCCAGUUCAUCUUUGCGCGCGUGUAAAGCGAGUGUGAGGUGGCGGGAGACAAAUUAGCCAGUGUACCAAACAUUGCGGAUGUUGCAAAAUAAAUAAAUAAUUAUAGAUUUGAGCUCUUUUUCCCAGCAUUUUUUGGUGUCUGAAACGUACCAUGGCAACCACGACCAACAUGCCCGGUUGAGGGGAAAGACUUGGUGGAUUUAUUUUCUUAUUUUUUUAUUUUGAUAAUCUGGUUGAUUUUAAUAUUGUGCUGUGGUCAUGAUGACAAUACAACAUUUUAUCUACAAGCGAAGCACAAGAAGCUUCUGACGAACAUAUCGCACGGUGCUAAUGGUUCGGGAGAAGACGUUGGAGCAGCCAUGGAGAACAUGAAACAUUUAUACUAACUCAUCUUGGAAUAUCCCCAAUCUGAUAUCCCCAAUAACCCCCAAAGAGCCUUGCUCUUCUUUUUUUGGACAUCUAAAAACGAACUGAAGAGGAAUUGUGAAGCCUGCAGCACUGAUAGUCGUGCAACAAGCCAAGCUAUCCAGCCCACCCCACGUUGCAUUUUUUUUACCCCCGCACUUGACAUUAGCACUAACGCACGGACAGAGACCAAAGCCUACAUGGCGUCUUCAUCUUGUAAAGGCCGCACCAUAUAGGCUACCGCCCCCGCAUCUCUCCCCCUAUGCAGGUGGAAGAAGCAGAAUAAAACAGUUGUGUGUAUGGGCAGUCCGCAGGCAGAUGGGAUGUAAUGUUGUGUGGUCGUGCUGAGCAUUCGCCUCCUUCUCAGCUACAGCUGCUUUGUAAAGAUUUGGUGUCCAGAGAAUGGCGCGGUUCGAAAACGAGAUGCCGUCCAGGUAUGGCGGCGCAGCUGGACCAGGGCAUGGGCAUGGACCUGGAGGCCCUGGCCGCGGCGGCAGCCGGCAGGGCGGCCCGCCUGGAGGCCCCGGGGGCCAGCGGGUCUACAAGCAGUCCAUGGCGCAGAGAGCCCGGACCAUGGCCCUGUACAACCCCAUCCCGGUGCGUCAGAACUGCUUCACCGUCAACCGCUCGCUGUUCAUCUUCAGCGAGGACAACUUUGUGAGAAAAUACGCCAAAAAGAUUACAGAAUGGCCUCCGUUUGAGUGGUUGAUCCUGGCCACCAUCUGUGCCAACUGUAUCGUCCUGGCUCUGGAGCAACAUCUGCCUGAUGGAGACAAGACUCCUCUGUCUGAACGCCUGGAUGACACUGAGCCCUACUUCAUAGGGAUCUUCUGUUUUGAGUCAGGCAUUAAGAUCCUGGCUCUAGGAUUUGCCUUCCAUAAGAACUCCUACAUAAGGAACGGAUGGAAUGCCAUGGACUUCGUAGUAGUAUGCACAGGGAUCCUGUCUACAGUGGGAUCGGACUUCGAUUUGCGGACUCUGAGAGCGGUCCGUGUGCUGAGACCCCUCAAACUGGUGUCUGGGAUACCCAGCCUCCAGGUGGUCCUCAAGUCCAUCAUGAAGGCUAUGAUCCCACUGCUGCAGAUCGGCCUGUUGCUAUUCUUCGCCAUCCUCAUGUUCGCUAUCAUCGGCCUGGAGUUCUACAUGGGCAAAUUCCAUACUACCUGCUUCGACAUUCACACAGAUGAGAUUCGCGAGGAGUUUCCGUGUGGGACCGAAGCCCCGUCGAGAUUAUGUCCAAACGGGACCACGUGUCGAAAGUAUUGGCUGGGGCCUAACUACGGCAUCACCCAGUUUGACAACAUCCUGUUUGCCGUGCUCACAGUCUUCCAAUGUAUUACCAUGGAGGGAUGGACUGACCUGCUCUACUAUAGCAACGAUGCCUCAGGGAGCGCGUGGAACUGGAUGUACUUCAUUCCCCUCAUCAUCAUCGGCUCUUUCUUCAUGUUGAACCUGGUCCUGGGUGUACUAUCUGGGGAGUUUGCCAAAGAGAGAGAGCGAGUGGAGAACAGGAGUGAGUUUCUGAAGCUGAGGAGACAGCAGCAGAUAGAGAGAGAGCUCAAUGGAUACCUGGAGUGGAUUUGUAAAGCAGAAGAAGUGAUCUUAGCAGACGAUGAAGACCCUGAUGCCUUUGACGGCACCCGCAGGAGACCCACCAUCAAAAACCACAAGAACAAAACAGAUCUCCUUAACCCAGAGGAUGGGAAUGGAGACCUGGCAGUGGGUUCUCCCUUUGCGCGGGCCAGUCUGAAGAGUUCAAAGCUGGAGGGUUCUAACUUCCAUAAGAAGGAGCGUCGUCUGCGUUUCUUCAUCCGACGCAUUGUGAAGACCCAGUAUUUCUACUGGAGUGUACUGUGUCUGGUGGGACUUAACACCAUGUGUGUGGCUGUAGUACACUACGACCAGCCUGAACCACUCUCAGACUUCCUCUACUUUGCAGAGUUCGUCUUCUUGAGUAUCUUCAUGUCUGAGAUGGGUAUAAAGAUUUAUGGACUGGGGUCACAGCCUUACUUUCACUCCUCCUUUAACUGCUUUGACUGCAUUGUAAUAUGUGGCAGCAUAUUCGAGGUGCUGUGGGGUUUUAUCCAGCCUGGGACAUCCUUUGGUAUCAGUGUGUUACGAGCUCUAAGGUUACUGAGAAUCUUCAAAGUCACCAAGUACUGGGCGUCUUUGAGGAACCUGGUUGUAUCUCUGCUCAACUCCAUGAAAUCCAUUAUAAGCCUGCUCUUCCUUCUCUUCCUCUUUAUCGUCGUCUUCGCUCUGUUGGGCAUGCAACUCUUCGGAGGACAGUUUAAUUUUGAAUCUGGCACUCCCCCGACCAACUUUGAUACUUUCCCUGCAGCAAUAAUGACUGUGUUCCAGAUCCUGACCGGAGAAGACUGGAACAUGGUUAUGUAUGAUGGAAUAGAGUCUCAGGGAGGAGUCAACAACGGAAUGGUCUUCUCAGUCUUCUUCAUCGUGCUCACACUUUUCGGCAACUACACUCUGCUGAAUGUGUUCUUGGCCAUUGCUGUGGACAAUCUGGCCAAUGCACAGGAACUCACUAAGGACGAGCAGGAAGAGGAAGCCGCUUCCAAGAAAAAUGCUUUGCAAAAAGCCAAGGAGGUGGCCGAAGUCAGCCCUCAGUCUGCAGCCAACCUGUCCAUAGCGGCUAAGGAGCAGCAGAAGAACAAUAAGGGUGGUAAUAAGUCUGUGUGGGAACAGAGGACCAAGGAGCUGAGGAAACAGACUCUAAUGACCAGCAGAGAGGCCCUCUACAACGAACUGGACCCAGAGGACCGCUGGAAGGUGAACUACUCCCGCCACAUCCGUCCUGACAUGAAGACCCAUACAGACCGCCCUCUAGUGGUGGACCCCCAGGAGAACCGCAACAACAACACCAACAAGACCACCAAAGAGCCUGACCCCCGCCUCAGCCAGCAGCACGCCGACAAGCUGCUCCGCAAGCAGACACACGUCCACGAGAGAGGAGGUGGGGGAGGAGGAGGUGGGGGCUCAGGGUCUGGUUCAGGCCCUGGAAGGCCCUACGAGCGGGCAGACUCUACGGAGAGCCGCAGGAGCCGUAAAGAGAGCAAGGAGCACCAGGAGCUCCAACACCACCACUCCUCCCAUACCCGCCUAGAUGCAACGAUGCUGGGACAGAGUGUAGAGGAGAGGCCCCAGAGAAGGCACCACCACCCACGGGGCCAGGCGGGCUCAUCGGAGCACAGGAAACCCCGCCAGCACCGCAUGCCCCCAGAGGACGAAGAGGGGGGGAGGUGGAGGUGGUGGAGGAGGAGGAGGAGGUGGGGAAAGGCGGCACAAGAGCAGGGGGACAGAAGGAGAAGGCGAGGGGGAGCAAGAGGGGGGGAUGGUCCCAACCUGUCCACCACACGUCCCAUCCAGAAGAGCCUCUGUAGACAGGACAGCCAGUACAGCGAGGACAUGGACAAUGUCAUGAACAGUAAACUGGCCACCAGCCAGCCCCAGCUACCCCCAGGCUCCACCCAGCAGCCCUGCCCAGCCUCGAGCCUCCACAGCCCAGCCAACCACACUACUCCAGGCCCAGGCUUCGGCCCUGCAGGCCUCAACACUCACCUGACCAACAGCAGCUCCCAUCUGGGCCCAGAUGGAAGCCUGGUUCCUGCAUAUGGAAGUAGCACCCGGAUACCGGACCACACGGCAGUGGACAUACCACCCAUGUUUCCUUCCCACAACGCCAUAUUGCAGGUCAAUAGGAAUGCUAACACGGAGCCUCUGCCUAAGAAGGAGGAUAAGGAUGAUGAUGAUGAUGAGAAGGGUGAUGAAGAUGGACCCAAACCAAUGCCUCCCUAUAGCUCCAUGUUCAUCCUCUCUACCACCAACCCGUUCCGGAGACUAUGCCACUACAUUGUGACCCUGAAAUUCUUUGAGUUUGGUAUCCUGUCUACCAUCGCUAUGAGCAGUAUCGCCCUGGCAGCAGAAGAUCCCGUCUGGCCAGAAUCACCUCGCAACAAUGUUCUGCGCUACUUUGACUAUGUGUUUACGGGAGUGUUCACCUUUGAGAUGUUGAUUAAGAUGGUGGAUCUGGGCCUGGUGUUGCACCAGGGCUCCUAUUUCCGUGACCUGUGGAACAUCCUGGACUUUAUAGUGGUUAGUGGUGCUCUGGUGGCCUUCGCCUUCACGGGGAGCAGUAAGGGGAAAGACAUCAGCACAAUCAAGUCUCUGAGGGUUCUGAGAGUGUUGCGACCUCUGAAGACUAUCAAGCGUCUUCCAAAGCUCAAGGCUGUGUUUGACUGUGUGGUCAACUCCCUGAAGAACGUCCUGAACAUCCUCAUCGUCUACAUGCUCUUCAUGUUUAUAUUUGCUGUGGUGGCCGUGCAGCUGUUCAAAGGAAGAUUCUUCUUCUGCACUGACGAGUCCAAAGAGUUUGAGCGCGACUGCAGGGGCGAAUAUCUAGUCUAUGAGCGGAAUAAUGAAGUGAAGGCGCAGAAGCGGGAGUGGAAGAAGUACGAUUUCCACUACGACAACGUGCUUUGGGCCCUGCUCACCCUCUUCACCGUGUCUACCGGAGAGGGGUGGCCGCAGGUGCUGAAACAUUCAGUGGAUGCGACCUAUGAGAAUCAGGGCCCGAGCCCGGGGUACCGGAUGGAGAUGUCCAUCUUUUACGUGGUGUACUUCGUGGUCUUCCCCUUCUUCUUCGUCAAUAUCUUCGUAGCUCUCAUCAUCAUCACUUUCCAGGAGCAAGGAGACAAGAUGAUGGAGGAUUACAGUUUAGAGAAAAACGAGAGAGGCUGUAUAGACUUCGCCAUUAAUGCCAAACCGUUGACGCGACACAUGCCUAAGAACAAGCAAAGCUUCCAGUAUCGCAUGUGGGAGUUUGUGGUGUCGCCGCCAUUCGAGUAUACAAUCAUGGCUAUGAUCGCGCUCAAUACUAUCGUACUGAUGAUGAAGUAUGACGGAGCCUCUCCGGCCUACGAGGCUGUGCUGGCCAACCUGAACAUCGUGUUCACCUCGCUGUUCUCCAUGGAGUGUGUGCUCAAGAUCAUCGCCUUUGGAGUGCUGAAUUACUUCAAAGAUGCCUGGAACAUUUUUGACUGUGUGACAGUCCUGGGCAGCAUUACAGAUAUUUUAGUGACUGAGCUCGGGAUGAAUAACUUCAUCAACUUGAGUUUCCUGAGACUGUUCAGGGCUGCCAGGCUCAUCAAACUGCUCCGGCAGGGAGAGACCAUCCGCAUCCUGCUCUGGACCUUUGUUCAAUCCUUCAAGGCGCUGCCGUACGUGUGCCUGCUUAUCGGCAUGCUGUUCUUCAUCUAUGCCAUCAUCGGGAUGCAGCUGUUUGGGAACAUUGGGAUGGAGGAGGAGGAGGGGAGCGCCAUCAACGAACACAACAACUUCAGGACUUUCUUCCAAGCUCUCAUGCUGCUCUUCAGGAGUGCCACGGGCGAGGCGUGGCAUGACAUCAUGCUGUCGUGUCUUGGAGGGAAGCUCUGUGAUCCUCUGGCAGGGAACACUGAACCAGAGUGUGGCAGCCAGUUUGCCUACCUCUACUUUGUGUCCUUCAUCUUCUUCUGCUCCUUCCUGAUGCUGAAUCUGUUCGUGGCUGUCAUCAUGGACAACUUUGAGUACCUGACCAGAGACUCCUCCAUCCUCGGCCCACAUCAUCUAGACGAGUAUGUCAGGAUAUGGGCUGAAUAUGACCAAGCAGCUUGUGGCAGGAUCAGUUGCAGGGAUAUGUAUGACAUGCUCAGGCAUAUGAGCCCUCCGCUAGGCCUGGGGAACAGGUGCCCGGCACGGGUGGCCUACAAGAGGCUGCUGCGGAUGGACCUCCCGGUCGCCGACGACAACUCAGUCCACUUCAACUCCACCCUGAUGGCCCUGAUCCGCACGGCGCUGGACAUCAAGAUCGCCAAGGGAGGUGUGGACAAACACCAGAUGGAUGCAGAGCUGAGGAAAGAGAUGAUGGCGAUUUGGCCCAAUCUCUCCCAGAAGACCCUGGACCUCUUAGUCACGCCACAUAAGUCAACAGACCUGACGGUGGGGAAGAUCUACGCUGCCAUGAUGAUUAUGGAGUACUACAGGCAGAGCAAGGCCAAGCGCUCUCAGGCGCGUCUAGAGGCGGAGCAGAAUCGAACGACAUUACUGUUUCAGCGCGUGGAGCCGCCCUCCCCCAUCCAGGACGGGCCUCUCAGCCUCCCUCCUACCCAACCGGCAGACCCCGUCAACAGCCUUGGGUCUGAUGAAGGUGAUGUAUAUGGGGCCUGGUUUGUGUGUAUGCAUGCGUGUGUCAGUGUUUGUCUAUCCGUGUGUGUUGUAGACCGGUGGAGGGAGGUGGUGUGUGUGUGUGCGAGGGGCCUGUCUGACUGUCUGUGUGUUGUAGACCGGUGGAGGGGGGUUCCAGAGAGCCAGUCGUGGGUGACAGUGCGGGCUCAGGAGAUGUCCCAGAGAGUAGGCAACUGGAGUCCUGAGGGACAGCACUCUGAGGAUGGCCUGGACAGCAGGCAUAACUCGCAGACGGUAGAGAUGAGAGAGAUGGGGCGUGACGGUUACUCGGAUACUGAGCACUUUCAGCCAAUGGAAGGCCACGGAAGGGCCGCUUCCAUGCCACGCCUUCCAGGCGACAACCAACAGCGAAGGAAAGGGAGGCAGCGUGGAAAUAACCUCAGUACCAUAACAGAUAAUAGUCCUAUGAAGCGCUCGGCCUCCUCCCUUGGUCACAGUCGAUCUGGGAGGGGAAAGAGGGAAAGGGGAGGGGCCGAUGAUUAUGCAAUGGAGUAUGUGAUCCCCGAGGAGGGCGGAGCACCGAGGCACAGCCACCGACGCCGCGACCGAAGCCACCGGGCCUCUGAGCGGUCACUGUGUCGAUAUACAGACGCAGAUACAGGACUGGGCACAGACUUGAGCACCACCACUCAGUCAGGUGACCUGCCACCCAAGGAGAAGGACCGUGACCGCGACAGAGACCGCGGUCGGCAGAAAGACCGCAAACACCACCACCAUCACCACCACCAUCACAGCGGCUCUGUGGACAAGGAGCGCUACACACCAGACCGCGCCGACCGGGGGGGAGAGCACGGUGGCCACAGACAGCCCCGAGGAGACAGAGACCACGACCGGGAUAGGGAGCACGACCGUCGCUGGUCACGGUCACCCAGCGAGGGCAGAGAGUGCAUGACACACAGACAGGGCAGUAGUUCGGUGAGCGAAAGUCCCGCUCCCUCUACCUCGGGGACCAGUACCCCGAGACGAGGCCGUCGGCAACUUCCUCAGACCCCUGCAACGCCCCGCCCACAUGUCACCUACUCUCCUGUCGUUCGUAAAGCCAUGGCCACACCUCCCGGAGCCCAGCCCCUGGGGCGCAAUCCCGCCCCGUCCCUCGCCGCUUUUCCCCUGAGCCCCCCCAGGGACCUCCCCCGCCUCACCAUGGCUCACCCAACCAAGCCUGCCACCCCCAACCCCGCUGGGGGGACGGGGGAGGAGGAGGAGGAGAGAGUGGGUCGCUGGAGGGCGACGGCUGCUUCUACAACCAGGACUACCAGGAUUACGACCGUGAGCACCACAAACCGCCUCCCUAUGAGCAGAGCCCCACACAGGGCAACCCUCACAAGCCUCACCCCCUCAACCACCCUACUCUCCCCCUGCAAAACCAUCCCCCAACCCCACAGCAGCAGCACCCUAUCAACCCGCACCCAAACAACCCACGCCCCAACAACCCCCACUCCCGCACCUCGCCCAGGACUUCCCGCCACGCGCCCCCACCCAACACCACCCCCACCCCCCAAGGGCAGCAGCCUCCUCCCCCUCGACGCCUCCCCAACGGGUACCGCGCCUCCUCCCCCUCCUCGCAACACCACCACGGCCCCACCCACCCCGGGCCCCACAAGGUCCCCCCUCCCCAGCCUAGAGGGCCCCGCACGAAAGGCCUGCACGAACCCUACAACAACACGGAUAACAACAGGUGCUAGCCUCUGGGGACUAUGGAGGGAUGGAUGGAGGGCUCAACCACACUGUCUGAGUUAUCAGUCCCUACCUCCCAGCCCAGGAAAACACACAGCCAGAGCACUGACCGCCAUGAGACAGGGGAAACCAAGGCAUGAUUCUUUCUUUCCUUCUUUCCGUUUGUUUUUCUUUUCGUUUCUUCUGCUGCUCAGUGUUUCCCGGGGAUGGAGGGAGUGAGGAAGGGGUAGUUAGAAUAGAGGGAUGAGGAGGAGGACCACUGAAGGAUGAGUGGAAAUUAGUGAACAGGGUAUGAAGUACAAACCAAUUCCUCCUCCAAAAACUAUGGAACCCAGCUCAUCGGAUGCAAGGAGACAAAAACUCAAAAUGUAGUUUUUCAAAAUGGAUGAUACGGGGGACGGAUGCUUUUCUCAACGUAUCAUUAUGCUACGCCUCUGGAAACAAUAUUAAAAACCGCCACAACGACCAAGACGUCAUCACGUAAUCAACGCAAAAAACUAUGACAUUGCGGAGAACUAAGUUGCAAAAACCAACCACCAACCCCGAUGUUGGGGAGAUAUUGAUGAGUUUUAUCAUCUGUGUUUACUGUUAAUAAUGACAUCAGUGAUGAUGAGCCUUCCACCUGAGUGUGGUGGGGGGAGUGGGGGAAACAGGUGGUGGGGGGGGGGGGACACCGGGACACACACCCUAACUCUGAAGGAGAGAGGGGGUUAUGUAGGAGGAAUCUAUCCAUUCCAACCCCCCAACCCCCAAAAAAGAUUCCGCCCCAACCGAGUAGAGAAGAAACAUAAAAAAAGUGGAUGGUGAACAAAAAAAAAAGAAACUUAAAAACAAACAUUUUCUUCAGUAUUUCUUCUUCUACUCCUGCGGCUGCUACUUUUUCCUCUUCCUCUUCCUCUUCUUCUUCUUCUUCUUCGAAACAUUGAAGCUUGAUUCUUCUGUUGCACCCGCUCAGCUUCGUUGGAACUUGCAGAGUUUAAAAACCUGUGGAAUCCUGCAUGAUUGAUACAAAAAAAAUGAUAACGAAGAGAAACUACUGUAAUGUGGGGGAAACUAUUCCUUGGUCCUUUCUAUAUUAGUCUGUGGGGUUCUCUCUUUUUCCUGUAAUCCCUUUGUUUCUCUCUCUUCUCCCUGAGGCAUCCCUCUCUCUCUCUCUUCCUGUGCUGGAGGUAUAAUCAGGAUAGUUAAAGUAAUCCUUCUAACCCCCCCCUUAAAAGAUUUAGAUGCACUAUUGUAAAGUGGUUGUUCCACUGGAUAUCAUAAGGUGAAUCCACCAAUUUGUAAGUCGCUCUGGAUAAGAGCGUCUGCUAAAUGACUUAAAUGUCAAUUAAAUGUAAAUGUAAAUAGUUAGGAUAGAUGGAGAGAUGGGGCGAUGAGGAAGAGAAGAACAAGGUCCAAGCCUUUUUUAUGCGGAGUGACAGGAUUACCUAUUUCCCACUUUGUUCUUAUUCAAAUGCUCUGUGCCAAAUUAUAACUGUUGAUGUGGCUGAGAUUGCACAAUCAUUUUCAAGGAAGUAGAUAUUUUGUUACAAGGCCUACUUUUAUUUCAUGGAAGGAAAGAAGGCAGGAAAGUAUGAAAACACAGACCCCACAAAUUAUAGGUUCAUAUUAAAAGGGAGUUGAAACUGGGGGAGGAAGUUACAAGCACGCUCCAUGGUCCUUAUUGGCUCUUCAUCUGCUGACUCAUAGCCUCGUUCAAACCAGAGAAAUGUCUCUAGUCUUCCAGGGUUUGUGUUUGAAAGAGCGAUGAAAAGAGAGAGAGAGAAAGAAAGGCAGAUGAAAGGAGGGAACCUCUUCAUCUUUCGUUUAUUUGUUAUUAAUAGUGAUAAUGGUUCUAUAGAUACUGAUAACAAUACUAUUGAUGAUUAUGAUAAUGACGAUGAUGAUAAUAAUAACGAUGAUGAUAAUGGUGAUGAUGAUGAUGACGAUGUUCAUGCUUGUGAGAGAAUUAUUUUAGUUUUGUAUUUGUUUGUUACUUUCGUGUCGGUUGUGCUCAGCUCGUCACCAUCUUUGUUUAGUGAGACGUUCUGUCUGGUUGGUGGUCCACUGGUCCGGCUGGUGGGCGGAGCUUUGUCGGAGAGGUGCAUUGUGGGAACAGGAGUAAUCAUAGUAAUGACUGAUACAGUGUAAUACGGUGGGGAAGGGGAAAGGAACUUAAAAAGGAACUUAAAAAAAAAAACAAUGUCAAAAGUCAUACAGGAAAUCAUGUAUCUGACAUGUAUACUUGUUCAUCGGACAGUUGUUUACAUAUAUUAAUCAUUUCGGUAAAUAUAGGGCAGCUAAAUGGUCGCUCUUGCUGAGGUAACGGGGUCUACAGACUAAAGUAGACCAGCUAAAGCAGUAAUGAGACAGAGCUCCACUACCAGUUUGGCCCUCUAGGUGGCACUGUAUGCAAUACAUUGCAUCCCUGUCCUAUUGUAUGAUUGUAUCACCCCUUCUAUUUUGACUGUCUGAUUCUAAUGUUUUUGUAUCUGUCUUUAAACUGGGAGCAUAAGGUUUAAGUGUUGUCUGUCACUGGUGGAUCACCUCCUUUGUGUUCAGGACAUGUAACACAGCCAAUCACAAAUGCACAGGACAUGUAUCACAGCCAAUGAAAAUGCAUGGGAGAAACAAUGACUGGGUCUUUUCUGCCAAACCUCUGUGUCCUGUGUCACCCUAUUAUCUUUUUGUGUGUCUUUGUGCGCCUCAAACUAACAUCCAUCCUAAUACCCACCACUGUCCCGUACAGUGUCUCUCUCACAGUUGCCGGACUUUGAGGAUUGCCAUAGUGAACCAUUCAUUUAUUAGAAUUAUGUCAUUAUGAUUCUUAUUAUAACACCCCAUGUCAAAACCAUUAGCGCCAGGUAACAGUGUUUGUUCACUGCUGCCAUAGAUAUAGCGCAGUUAGAUCUGCACAUAUCUGGAUUCUGAUGUACUGUAACGACAUAUCCCAUGAUUCUAUGUACCACACUUUGACCAGAAAGUGCACAGGCACAUUGCCUUUACAGUAUUCAUCUAACGUAGGAAUGUCAUAGACGUGUAUAAGUCACAACACUGAUAAGAUAGGAAUACACAGAUACACUCUCAGUAUGUAGCUCCUGGCUGUAGCAAGUAUGCGUGUAUGGCGUGUGUGCGUUUGCGUGUGUGUCUGUGUAUGAAUGCGUUCUUUUAUAGCAAGAAUUUGUGUGUACAUUCAAUGUGUGUGUGUACAUCAAUAGCUAGCUGUUUUCGUUGGAUAUUUAAUUUAAUUUGUUUAUUUGCUUUGAAUAUUUUGUGAUGAUAUUUGAGUUGGUGAGUGUUUGUGUGUGUGUGAGUUUGCCUGUGUUUGUGAGCGAGUGUCAGAAUGUUUGUGUGGCUGUGUGCAAGAUGAAAUAAGAUGUCAAUCACCCUACAAUUGAAACUAUGAGAGGCCCUAACAUUCACUGUCAAUCAUUGUGUCCGAUACUGACCAACCAUCCACUAACAACAUAUUCUAAAUAACCCCACCGUUACUUUAAAAAGCAAUGUAUGAGCUGCUAUGGAAACAUAGAAAUAAAAGCAUUUUAAGUACCAAAAAAAUACCAAAAAAAGGGGAAAUAUCUACUUCCAGAACUGCAUGUGCUAUGUGCAUGCCACACUGUGGGUGAACAGUCAUCUUCAGGAAUCAAAAAAUAAGAAUAAGAAUUCAGAUUAAAAAAUAUAUGAAUAUAGAUAGAUGUUUUUACUAAGCAACAUGUUUUCUUUUUUCCUUCUAUUUUUGAGAACAAAAAAUGUUUAAAAAAUCUAUACAAAAAAAAACCGUCAAAAGAGCGACAUGAUGACUUUGGUGAGAAUCAAAGUUGGUUUGUUUAUUUAUGUUGCCAGCUGUUAACUGUAAACAUGGAGGUGAGACACUACACAACCAUGUUCAGGACACUACAAAAAAGAGAACUCCUGUUUUAAAGAAGAGAAUCAAAUAAAAAGAGAUGGGGAUAUCCCUGCCUACUUUUGGGUGGGGCCAGGAGCCAGCCAAAUCUGAUGUAACCCUUAAAACUCUGGCUGUGGGAUCUUUUAUCUCUCACUCACUCCCUCUCUAUUUCUCUCUCACUCUUAUCUCUCACACUCUCAACCUAUCUCACCGCUAUUUCUACCAGUGCAUUUUGUAAUUCCAGACAGAAUUCUUCCUAAUGAAUAAAAACCAGAGAGAAUGCA